AGUUUCUCUGAAACGCAUGCGCAUUUAAAGGCUACGUCAUCUUUUCCCAACCAACGUUCUGUCUCAAACCUACGUGGCUCUCAAACCCGUCUGGACUUUCUCUCGAGACUCCCUCGAAAUCAGCCAAAUCACAAUGGAUCAGGUGAUGCAGUUUGUUGAACCCAGUCGGCAGUUCGUCAAGGACUCCAUCAGACUCGUAAAAAGAUGCACAAAACCUGACAGAAAAGAAUUCCAGAAAAUUGCCAUGGCCACAGCUAUCGGUUUUGCCAUCAUGGGAUUCAUUGGCUUCUUUGUCAAACUCAUCCACAUUCCCAUCAACAACAUCAUUGUUGGUGGAUAAUUCCUGAUCAAGAACAAACAACGAUUUCGGGUGUGGUGCUGUAAAGUGGUAUUGGGCUAGGUUGGCAUUUUUACAUUUUGUGCACAACAUUUCUACAUUGCUGUGUAAAUAAACCAAAUUAAAACCCA